AUGAAAUCUUACAAAGUCCUCCCCCUGGCUUCUGUCUUCCUCUCCCUGAUGCUUUUUCAUCAAGUCUGGGCUCAGUUUCCAAGAGAGUGUACCACUGUUGAGGCUCUGAGAAGUAGAGAGUGUUGCCCAGACCUCUCUCCUUCCUCUGGACCUGGGACUGAUCCCUGUGGCUCAUCGUCAGGAAGGGGAAGGUGUGAGUCUGUGACCGCAGACUCCCGACCCCACAGCCUCCAUUACCCCCACGAUGGCAAAGAUGACCGAGAGGGCUGGCCUCUUAAGUUCUUCAAUAGGACAUGUCAGUGCAACGGCAAUUUCUCAGGACAUAACUGUGGGACCUGCCGUCCUGGGUGGAGAGGAGCUGCAUGUGACCAGAAAACUCUCGUAGUCAGGAGAAAUCUUCUUGACUUAAGUGCAGAAGAAAGGAGCCACUUUGUGAGAGCCUUGGAUAUGGCAAAGCGCACAACGCAUCCUCAAUUUGUCAUUGCCACAAGGAGGUCAGAAGACAUACUGGGACCAGAUGGCAACACACCACAGUUCGAGAACAUUUCCAUCUACAACUACUUUGUUUGGACACACUAUUAUUCAGUCAAAAAAACCUUCCUUGGGGUAGGGCAGGAAAGCUUUGGCGAUGUGGAUUUCUCUCAUGAAGGACCAGCUUUUCUCACGUGGCACAGGUACCAUCUGCUGCAGCUGGAGAGAGACAUGCAGGAGAUGCUGCAGGAGCCUUCUUUCUCCCUUCCUUAUUGGAAUUUUGCAACUGGGAAAAACGUCUGCGAUAUUUGCACCGAUGACUUAAUGGGAUCCAGAAGCAGCUUUGAUUCUACUCUUAUAAACCCCAACUCUGUCUUUUCUCAAUGGAGAGUGGUCUGCGAGUCCUUAGAAGAUUACGACACCCUGGGAACACUUUGCAACAGCACUGAGGGUGGGCCCAUCAGGAGAAACCCAGCUGGGAACGUGGGGAGACCAGCAGUGCAGCGGCUUCCUGCGCCACAGGACGUCACCCAGUGUUUGGAGGUUGGCGUGUUUGACACACCUCCUUUUUAUUCCAAUUCUACAAACAGUUUUCGAAACACAGUGGAAGGUUACAGUGAUCCCACCGGGAAAUACGACCCUGCUGUUCGAAGCCUUCACAACCUGGCCCACCUCUUCCUGAACGGAACAGGAGGACAAACCCAUCUGUCUCCCAAUGAUCCGAUUUUUGUCCUCCUGCAUACUUUCACUGAUGCAGUCUUUGACGAAUGGCUGAGGAGGUAUAAUGCCGAUAUUUCUAUCUUCCCAUUGGAAAAUGCUCCCAUUGGACAUAACAGGCAAUAUAACAUGGUACCAUUCUGGCCUCCAGUUACCAACACAGAGAUGUUUGUUACUGCUUCAGACAACCUGGGAUAUGCCUAUGAAGUUCAAUGGCCAGGUCAGGAGUUCACUAUUUCUGAAAUCAUUACGAUUGCUGUAGUGGCUGGACUGUUACUUGUGGCUGUCAUCUUUGUGGGAGUUUCCUGUCUGAUCCGUUCUAGAAGCACCAAGAAUGAAGGCAAUCAGCCUCUUCUCACUGAUCACUACCAACGCUAUGCUGAGGAAUACGAGGAGCUCCCAAAUCCUAAUCAGUCCAUGGUCUGAUAGCUGCC